GAUAAUAAUUUUAAGAUUAUGGAGUUUUCAUUUAGAUGUUCGUUAUACCUUUUACUCGUAUAUUUGUGUCUGUUAUUAGAAUCUUGUCACUGUUUCUACCCUAAGUUGCUUAAUUUUUCCGACUCACAAACUGAUUCCGAUUGGUCACCUGCUGCUGCUACAUGGUAUGGUAGCCCCACUGGUGCCGGUACUGAUGGUGGAGCUUGUGGAUACGGGCCUACUGUCGACCAACCUCCAUUCUCUGCAAUGGUAUCGGCAGGAGGUGCUUCCCUCUUUAAGGAAGGCAAAGGAUGUGGAGCCUGUUAUCAGGUAAAGUGUACAUCUGAUGAUAAUAAAGUAUGCUCAGGAAAUCCAGUGAGCGUAGUAAUUACAGACAACUGCCCAGGUGGUCCAUGCGCAUCAGAUUCGAUUCAUUUUGAUUUAAGUGGUACUGCUUUUGGAGCCAUGGCUAAUUCUGAUGACGCAGAUCAACUUCGCAACGCUGGAGUAUUGAAAAUUCAGUAUAGAAAAGUUGAGUGCAACUAUCCUCAAAAAACGGUGACUUUUCAUAUUGAUUCGGGCUCCAACUCCAACUAUUUUGCAACGCUAAUUGAAUACGAAGAUGGAGAUGGAGAGCUUGCUGGAGUUGAAUUGAAACAAGCUCUAGACUCAGACACUUGGCUACCCAUGCAACAGUCAUGGGGUGCUGUUUGGAAACUUGACUCUGGCUCUACUCUACGUGCUCCUUUUUCACUCCGGUUAACUGCAAUGGGGACCAAUGACACUUUGAUUGUUACUGCUGUAAUUCCUGCUGGUUGGCAACCGGGUCAAUCAUAUAGAUCACUUGUCAAUUUCAAACCCUAA